AUGGAGUCGUUAGAAGAUGAGAUUUCCACGCUGCGUAGCCGAGUACUUGAUUACAACAUCGGAAAGAACGAGACUUUCCAUGAUGCCCUGGAGGGCGAAAUGGAAGGAUGCUUUAUAAACAUUGUGUUCUUUGGAAUGUUUGGCUCCGGAAAAUCCGCUUUGAUUAAUUCUAUUCACAAAGCUUUAGAUCUCGAUGAAGAGCCAGCCAUAAUUCAAACUACCGGUAAGGAUGGAACGAAGACUUUGGAAAGUUUUGUUCUUCCGGGAAUUCCAGUAAAGCUUUAUGACACGCGUGGAUUUUUCGCGAUGGAUAUUACAGAAGAGGGAGAGCUGUUUCGUAUUCUGUUUGGCAUUCAUCGACCUGGAGAAGACUUGAGUCGAGAUCACAUGAGCGCACAACUGGCGGUAGCCGCUGGUCCUGCAGCCUAUAAAUUAGAAAAACGCCCCCUGGUCGACCAGAUGCAUGUUGUCUUCUGGGUCAUAAAAGGUGUCGACAUCAGAUUCGAGGAAGGAAAGUACAGAGAGAUCAUAAAAUUUGUUCAAGAACAGCUACGAAGUGCAACAAUAACAGUGUUUACUGUCAUAACAUUUGACGACGAGAUCCAAAAGAGGCCCAACGCUGACGAGGAGAGAGAGAGAUUGACCAGUGAAGCUAUUGAAGUCACCGAAGGUGACAAGAGAAACGUGUUUUUCAUCGCCAACCCAGCACGAGGACAAGACCUAGAUCCCUUUUACAAGAAACGUGUCAUGAAAAUGUUGGAACGGGCAUUAAAAUGCGGUGAGCGGUCAAUCAGGAUGCGGCAAACUAAAAGAGAGAGCCCUAAGAAGCAGGCACGGAAUCCAAUGUCGGCAGUUGAUGGCCUCAGGUUUCCAGUUCCAGUGGAGAAUGACGACGAACCUCCACUCACGGCUUUGACGAAUAAGCAUAGCUACGAUCAUUAAGAGUUCGCCGAU